AUGGAGCUGGCCCAUAGUUUAUUACUGAACGAGGAAGCAUUAGCUCAAAUCACAGAAGCAAAGAGACCAGUCUUUAUCUUUGAGUGGUUAAGAUUUUUGGAUAAAGUGCUAGUAGCUGCUAAUAAGACAGAUGUCAAGGAAAAACAGAAGAAACUUGUGGAGCAGCUAACAGGACUCAUCAGCAGUUCCCCUGGGCCACCUACACGAAAACUGCUAGCAAAAAAUCUUGCUGCUCUCUACAGCAUUGGAGACACAUUUACUGUUUUUCAGACACUUGACAAGUGUAAUGACAUCAUCAAGAGCAAAGAUGAUACUGCAGCCUACCUGCCCACAAAACUGGCUGCAGUGGCAUGUGUUGGAGCAUUUUAUGAAAAAAUGGGCAGAAUGCUGGGUAGUUCUUUUCCAGAAACAGUGAAUAAUCUCUUAAAGUCUCUGAAAAGUGCAGAGUCUCAGGGCCGCAGUGAAAUUCUGAUGAGUUUACAGAAAGUCCUAAAUGGACUUGGAGGAGCAGCAGCUUCUUGUCACCGUGAUACUUAUAAGAAUGCCCGGUCUCUGUUGACGGACAGAUCUAUGGCUGUACGAUGCGCAGUGGCAAAGUGUCUGCUGGAAUUACAGAAUGAAGCAGUGUUUAUGUGGACAGCUGAACUAGAGAAUGUUGCAACGCUAUGUUUUAAAGCUCUGGAAAACUCAAACUAUGGUGUACGUGUUGCAGUGUCAAAGCUUUUGGGGACAGUCAUGGCUACAGCACUGAUACCAAAACAAGCAACAGUAAUGCGACAGAAUGUGAAGCGAGCCACACUUGAGGAGGUCUUGGAGCUCAUGGCCACAGGAUUUCUGCGAGGAGGAUCUGGUUUCCUAAAGAGUGGUGGAGAAAUGUUGAAAGUAGGAGGAUCUGUCAAUAGAGAAGUGCGAGUUGGUGUUACCCAGGCCUACGUUGUCUUUGUUACAACGUUAGGGGGUCAGUGGUUGGAGCGCAACUUUGCUACGUUUUUGUCACAUGUACUUGAUCUGGUCUCACAUCCUCGUGCAACUCAGACCCAUGUGGAUGCAGUUUACUCUCGAAGAUGUGUGUCCUUUAUCCUGAGAGCAACUGUGGGAAGCCUACUCGGGGAGAAAGCACAGAUUGCAGCUGCCAAAGACAUAUGUCAAGCCAUUGGUAAACAAAUGAAGGCAGUGGAAGCAGUAGUGAAUGACACUAACAGUGAAAAUAAGUCAGGAGCUGCUGAUGUAGCUGCAAGCCAGCAUGUAAUGGUGUGUGCUCUCCAGGAACUGGGCAGUCUUGUUCAGAGUCUGAAUGCCACUGCAUCUCCUCUUAUUCAAGAACCCUCUAUUGGCCUGUUGGAGACAGUAACGUCAGUUCUUCUUCAUCCCAGCAUGGCUGCUCGACUUGCUGCCGCAUGGUGCUUGCGGUGCGUAGCUGUGGCAUUGCCUUUUCAGCUGGCUCCGUUUUUAGACAGAUGUGCAGAAAGACUGAACAAUCUGAAGACCUCUCCUGAAGCUGUUAGUGGCUACAGUUUUGCCAUGGCUGCUUUGUUAGGUGGAGUCCAUCAGUGUCCCUUGGGUAUUCCUCAUGCCAAAGGAAAGAUGGUGGUCAGUAUUGCUGAGGAUCUCUUGCGAACUGCUGCACAAAACAGCAGACUCUCCUUGCAGCGGACUCAAGCUGGAUGGCUUUUACUUGGAGCACUAAUGACUUUAGGUCCCUCCGUUGUUCGGUAUCAUCUGCCGAAGAUGUUGCUCCUGUGGCGCAACGUGUUUCCACGCUCUCUGAAGGAGUUGGAAGCAGAGAAGGCGAGAGGAGACUCUUUUACCUGGCAAGUAACGCUGGAAGGCCGUGCUGGAGCUCUGUGUGCUAUGAGAAGUUUUGUUGCUCACUGUCCUGAGCUUCUUACAGAGGAUGUGAUCAGGAAGUUGAUGACACCCAUAGAAUGUGCAAUGACAAUGAUGUCACAUAUUCCAUCAGUAAUUAAGGCCCAUGGAGCUCAUCUCAAAGCUAGUGCAGCUAUGGUCCGUUUAAGACUGUAUGAUAUAUUGGCUUUAUUACCUCCAAAGACAUAUGAAGGAUCAUUUAAUGCGCUUCUUCGAGAAUUGGUUGCAGAAUUUACUUUGACAGACAACUCUGCUAAUACAACCACAUCACUUCUGAGGUCUCUUUGUCAUUACGAUGAUAGUGUUCUUCUUGGCUCUUGGCUGCAGGAAACAGAUCAUAAGUCGAUUGAAGACCAGCUUCAACCAAACAGUGCAUCUGGCAGUGGUGCUUUGGAACAUGAUCCAUCUUCUAUUUAUUUGCGCAUCCCUGCUGGUGAAGCUGUACCUGGUCCCCUUCCCUUAGGAGUAUCUGUCAUCGAUGCAUCUGUGGCUCUCUUUGGUGUGGUUUUUCCUCAUGUCUCUUACAAGCAUAGAUUGCAGAUGUUGGAUCACUUUGCUGAAUGUGUCAAGCAGGCUAAAGGUGUUCGCCAGCAAGCUGUGCAGCUUAAUAUCUUUACUGCUGUUCUUAGUGCCUUGAAGGGUUUAGCUGAGAAUAAAAGCACAUUAGGACCAGAAGAAGUCCGUAAAUCUGCUCUGACACUGGUAAUGGGUGCACUUGAUAAUCCUAACCCUAUUUUGAGAUGUGCAGCAGGCGAAGCUCUUGGCAGAAUGGCUCAAGUCGUUGGAGAAGCCUCUUUCAUUGCUAGAAUGGCUCAGUACAGUUUUGAUAAGUUAAAAUCUGCUCGGGAUGUUGUAUCAAGAACGGGCCAUUCUUUGGCUUUGGGCUGUCUCCAUCGGUACGUUGGCGGAAUAGGUUCUGGACAGCAUCUGAAAACUAGUGUCAGUAUUCUCUUGGCUUUGGCGCAAGACGGAACCUCUCCUGAAGUCCAGACCUGGUCUCUUCAUUCACUUGCCUUGAUAGUAGAUUCCAGUGGACCUAUGUACCGUGGAUAUGUGGAACCAACACUUUCGCUAGUUCUUACUUUGCUCUUAACUGUUCCACCAUCACAUACGGAAGUACAUCAGUGCUUAGGCCGAUGUCUUGGAGCUAUAAUAACUACUGUUGGACCUGAGCUGCAGGGUAAUGGAGCUACAAUUUCAACAAUCCGUUCUUCCUGUUUGGUGGGAUGUGCAAUCACACAAGACCAUUCGGACUCACUUGUUCAGGCAGCUGCCAUAUCCUGCCUUCAGCAGCUUCAUAUGUUUGCCCCACGGCAUGUCAACCUUUCCAGUCUGGUUCCCAGUCUUUGUGUUCAUUUGUGCAGCUCCCACUUGCUGCUUCGGCGGGCUGCAGUUGCAUGUUUACGACAGCUUGCUCAGAGGGAAGCAGCAGAAGUAUGUGAAUAUGCCAUGAGUUUAGCGAAAAGUGCUGUAGACAAAGAAAACAGUGGCAUCAAUACUAAUCCUUUUGCACCAGGAGCUGGUUCUCGGCGAGAUGCUCAUUGCCGGCAUCAGGGGGUUAAUAUAACAGAGACGGGCCUUGAAGGUGUCCUAUUUGGAAUGUUGGAUCGAGAGACCGAUCGGAAGUUGUGCUCAGAUAUCCACGAUACUCUGGGACAUAUGCUUUCAUCGCUGGCAGUAGAAAACCUUUCUCACUGGCUAAUGCUUUGUAAGGAUGUCCUUGCAGCUUCCAGUGACAUGAGCACUGCUGCUCCCUUAGGAGGAGGAAAGGAUGAGGAAUCAGAGAAGAAAGAUGAGAUGGACGAUGAUACAAUGUUUACCACCUUGGGUGAAGAGGAUAAAUCUAAGCCUUCUGUAGCACCUCGCUGGGCAACUCGUGUGUUUGCAGCAGACUGCCUGUGCCGAGUUAUCAUGCUGUGUGAGAAUGCGAACAAGGCACACUUUGAUCUGGCGCUGGCUCGUUCAGCCAGACUUAAAAACCCAAAAAGUAAUUUAAUUUUG